GACUAAAGAAGAAGCAAAAGAGAAAGAGAGAUCGAGAGUGAGGAGAGCAUCAGAGUAAAGGCAUAUUUGAGUCUCCACUCUCCAGUCUCUUUCUCUCUUUCCUUCUCUUUCCGCCCUCCGUUUCCCCUCCUAAUCGACGGUGAAAUUAAUUACUUAAUUGGAAGUUAGAAAUCGGAAGUUAAAAGCGACGAUAGAAAGACAUGGCUCCGGCUAAAAAGGGUAAAGCAAAAAGCAAAGAAGAUGCCUCUCCUCAGCCCGCCGCUGCAAAGACGAACUUCCCCGCCUGUCUCCGUCUUGUGCCACCCUCUUCGGUUGCAAUCACAAUCCAUGCCAAACCAGGUUCCAAGGUCGCCACGAUCACAGAUUUCAAUGAUGAAGCACUUGGCGUGCAAAUAGAUGCUCCCCCGAAGGACGGAGAAGCAAACGCAGCGCUGCUAGAGUACAUUAGUUCUGUUAUAGGGGUGAAGAAAAGGCAGGUAUCUAUAGGUUCUGGUUCUAAAUCAAGGGACAAGGUUGUGCUUGUUGAAGAAGUAACAUUGCAGGGUGUUUUUGAUGCUUUGAACAAAGCAUGCAAAUGCAGUUGAUGAAGAGAUGUGAGACCUGGGGUUUCUGCUUGUAAAUGUGAUAUAGAAGGCAAUAUGCCUUCUCUCAAACAAUUUAGACCCAACUAGUUGAUGGAAGUAUGAUAUUGUCCUUUUUCACCCUAACUUUGGUUGCUUACUCAAGGAAAAUAAACUGUGGCAAGAUAUUUGCAACCUGAUUCUUGGGGGUCUUACUUUUCUGUGUGUUUUGGUUGGAAAAUAGUUUCCCCUUCAUUUUUGACUGCAGUUGUAUCCAUAGUCAUUUCAUGGAUAGAUGUUUAUAAGUCAAUCAUUAUCUUUUAAUACAUACAAUGACUUAUUUCUCUUUC